AUGAACAUAUCAAUAACACUAAGACCUGGACCAAAUUGUGUUUCAGAAUGGGAGAAAUUGCCAAUCAUCACUCCACCAUUGGUAUCAAUAAAUCAAGACCUGAAAUGGUUUUUUCUUUUACAUACAAAUGGUUUUGGUUGCCUCUUCUUUGUACUUGCAUUUUACACAUUUUUAUCUAUUCUACACUUAAGCCGGCUUAUAUCAAACCGGCCUUUUACGUCUACAAUUAAUAUAUUUUUAUGUAUGCUUGGAACAUCAAGAGCUGUUUGCCUCUUUGUAGAUCCGUAUAAUCUUAAAGAUACCAUGCCCAAACUUUUUCAAUCCAUAGUGUGGGAUAUUGGAUUUCCAUGUGUAACAUCUGCUUUUGGCCUGAUACAAUUGGCUUUUUUGCAGUCAACUAAGCUUAAAUGUGGACCAGAAAUACUUCAGGACAAAGUCGUCCUAACUGCAGUCAUAACAUCACACUUUUUUUAUGCAGUUGUCUGUCCAUCUAUUGCUCCUACCACUUACGAAUAUUACGUGGCAAAAUGUGUGGUUCAAACAGUAUUCAUCAUCUGGAGUAUUUUUUUGUAUUUCACAGUCCUACAUGCAGGGUAUAAGAUAAUUCAUCUAUUGCAAACUGUGCCAAAUAGUGUGUCGAUGGGAGACAGUUCCAAUACACAUCAAAAAGGUAUUAUGCAACUGGCAAUGUUAGCUCCUUACAAUAACUUACCAUCAUCUGUUGUUGCUGCCUUAGUACCUACUUUGCUCAAUCCUAAAAAUAAAGAUGUAGAAUUAACAGAACCUGCGACUUUUACAACUGAUUCACAAGGGGAAGAUCGGUUUAUGGAAACAUCCAAAAAAGAGCAGCAAGUUCAAAGAGAAUGUGGGAAGUCUCCAUGUAAAAGUACGUUAUCUCAAGAUGAGAAAACAGUUCCCGUAUCAACGGUACCAGAAGUACAUGUUAGACCUCCGACACCUACCCCGUCAACAGCUAAUGUACCUAUAAUAACAGUAUCAAGUCCAAGCCGUAGAAGUUCUGUAGCUAGUAGACGGGAUAGCGAUGCGUCUAGAUCUUCUCGUAGAAAUUCCGAAUGUAGCGUUAGAUUUAUAAACGAAGAAGAUCGUUCUACAUCAGAAUAUCGACGUUAUUCCGACUUUAGCCCUAGACAUUCGCCCGAAAUUGAUAGAAGACGAUCUCCGGACGGAAUGGCGCGAAGAAAUUCUGAAAGCGUAACACCUUUGGGAAGCGUUAGAGAUUUGAGACGAUGUUCUGAUUUUUCACAUGAAAAAAACAGAAGUUCUCAAUUUGCUGCUAAAUUAAAAAGAAAUAGCGAUUUCGGGAACAGAACACCUAGGCGAAUGUUACCCCCGAACGAACAUCACAAAUUAUCAAAAGUUGUGGACUUAAGUCCCGCAGGUUCAAGACGUAAUUCGGAUGUUAGCGGUUCUACUUCUAGAACCGAGUUGCGCAGGAAUUCAGAUAUUUCUUUUCGUCGCAAUUCAGAACUCGUCCAAGUUAAACCAUUGGACUUAAAUCGCCGAAGUAGUGAUAUUAGUAUUAGAAGUUUAAGCAGAACUCCAACCCAUGGUCGUAUUACAGUCCCUGUGAAAAUGGAAAUACAAGAGAAAUCUGAAUCUGACUCGGAUCAACCUGACUGUAGUGAAAAAGCAGCUCUAAUGGCAGAAAAGGAUAAAUAUAAAGAUGAUGACGGAAGAUCACGGAAAAAGAAUUUAUCUUGGAAGAAUGAAAAAGAAAAAGAGCACGCUGAAGAUAUAACUGUUGAGACCAAUUUGCUUCCCGAGAACACUAAAUCCGAAGGAAAAGUUACGAAUAACGAUUUCAUGAUUCAUUCAAUACUAAAUCACACUGCAUACGUAAAUAGGACUAAAUCUGAUACACCCCUACAAAUGUUGGAAGCAAAUACUGCAGCAAUUAGAAGAUCAAAAAUUCCAGAAAUACCGAAUGCUACAUAUGUAACUGCAAUUUUAGGAAUUAUUCUCUGCAUUGCAGAUGUAGCACGUAUUUUUGGACCAUACGGACUUCUAGCUGAGACUGUGAAGUAUGGCACACCGCCGACGAUUUUACAAUACCCCAGACCAUUGCCCUGGUUUAUGUAUCAAAAUUUAUGCAGAAGUUUAGAACUGAUAAUGGGUUGGGCAAUGGCAAGUAUUACUAAACAGUUACUCUCAUUAUAA